AUGGUAGAGAUAGAGAGAGAGAUUUAUAGAAUUGAAAUAGAUAUAUCAAUUACAUCAAAUGAUGUAACUAAACCACUUUUAACACCAGAUGGAAAUAAUAAAAUACAACCAAUUCAAUCAAAUCCUAAUAAUUAUAGUACCAUUCAAUUUCCAAAAUCAAAUGUAUAUAAAACCAAAUCAACCUCAAAAUAA